AUGCCAGCAGUGAAGCAAGAGCUUAAAAUUGAAGACAAACUUCAAGAAAUAAAUCAAAAUCUUUUGAAACUAACAUCGGAACCGGAUCAAUAUCUCAUGCAAGUAUUUGUUGGUGUUACAUGCACAGCACAGCCCAAAAAAUGCAAGGACAUAAGAAAAAUGCUGCAGCAGUUGUAUGGUAUCACAAUAGAGAGUGAUAUUAGUCAACAUGGAAAUCCGGAAAUUUUGCCAGAAUUAGUGGUAGAUGAUAUGGACGAAGAACAAAUUUGGCAACAGCUGGAGCUACGAAAUGCCGCUGUUUUAGAUACUAUGAUAAACACAACUGCAUCCUUAAUGGCUUUGCGAGAACAAAAAUUGGAGAUACGUCUAAAAGAAGAUGGUGAAGGUGACGAAAUGGACGAAGAAGAAGAAGAAGAGGACAAUGAAGAUUCAGAUGAUCAUGAUGAUGAAGAUCAUAUGGACAAUGAAUUGAAAGACGCUGCUAGCGAAGAAGAAAGUGGCGAAGAGGAAGAAGAGGAGGACGAGGAGGAAGAUUUAUUCGAGGCCACUAAGAAAAACAAAAGAAAAUUGAAACAGGAAGAGUUGGACGAAGAUGAAAAUGAAGAAGAAGAAGAGGCUGACGAAGAUAACGAACUAGAGGAUAGCGGUGAUGAGUUUGAUGACGUCGGAAAAUCCAAUAAGGAAAAAAUGUCAUUUGGACCAGUAGAUUCUGACUCAAACGAUUCGGAUUCCGACGAGGAGACAAAGGAAGAGGGUCCAAAAUCAUCUUUUGAAGUAAGGCAAGAGCGUCUAGAACAACGCAUACGAGACUACGAAGAAGAAGUUUUAGGUGAAAAACCUUGGCAAUUGAAAGGUGAAGUACAAGCAACAAAUCGUCCACAGAAUUCUUUGCUUGAAGAGGUUUUGGAAUUUGAAUCAACGGUAAGACCUGCUCCCAUUAUAACUGAAGAAACCACUCGUCGUCUAGAAGAUAUAAUAAAACAGCGUAUCAAAGAUAAAGCGUGGGAUGACGUUGAACGAACAGUCAAACCUAUACAUACACCCCAAGAGUAUCGAAAACAAUUAGUACUUGACCAGGAGAAGUCAAAAGAAUCGCUAGCACACAUCUAUGAGAAAGAAUAUCAGCAGGAACUGGAAAAACUUAAUCCUAAUCAGGGUGACAAUGCAACUGAGGAACCCAAAGAGCACAAAGAAAUUCGUAACAUGAUGCGAGAUUUGUUUAUUAAACUUGAUGCUCUUUCCAAUUUCCAUUUUACACCAAAACCUGUUGCACCAGAACCGAAAAUUAUUACAAAUACUCCUGCUGUUGUCAUGGAAGAAGUAGCGCCAGUGGCGGUUAGUGAUGCAAAGCUGUUGGCGCCUGAAGAAGUCUUCCGUGGUCCGAAACAUGAGCUUGUUGGAAAAUCUGAACGCAGCAAAACAGAUAAGAAUCGUGCUUUGCGUAAGAAGAAAUCUAAGCAAAAGGCCAUCCAUCAUGCCUUGGAGGCUAAAGAUUUACAAAAACAAAAAAUGGGAAUACCAUUAUCGAAGAAGGAAGAAAGUGCAAAAUUAAUGAAGAAAUUGACGAAGCAAAGAAACGUCGAAAAGGUUACUGCCAGCAACGAUCAUGGGGCUUUAAAAUCGUCCAAGGCAUUCUUCUCAAAAUUACAGGAUCAAUCAGCCACCAACAACGGAUCCACGAAAACAAGCAAAAAGAAAGCGGAUGCCAAAGCCUUAUCGGCCAAAAAGUUAAAGCUGUAG